AUGUUGUAAUAUUUAAUAAAAUGUUUGAGAAGGUAUAACCCUAAAAUACCCUAGGACAUUUUGGAGUUCUGGUCAGAGAGCCACCGCACACUAUUUCUUCCUCUUCCUCUCCACUUCUCGCCUGAUAUAUCUUUCGAUUCUUCAUCGUCCAGAAGGAUAACAAUUUGUUUUCUUCAAAUCAAAAGCCGGAGUAACAAUUCCAAUUCAAAUGGAGGACUGGGGAACCUGCAAGAAAUCCUCCUGCUGAUAAAGCACCUAAGAAAUCUUCAGCAAAGGCUGCAUAUAAGAAAGUUAAGGCCGUUGAGACAAAGGAAGAACCACUAGAUCCUGUAGCUGAGAAACUUCGCCAACAGAGCUCGCUUAGUGGCCCAAGUUCAGGACUGGACCCUCUUGCUCGACCCUAUAAUGUAUUGGGAGCAUUAAAUUAUAGCAAUUGCUACGUGCGUGUCCAAGAGGAACUUGAGCCUCAUACCCUGUGGGAGCAAACCAUAGGUGUGCCUGUUUGAGCUACCCCUCUUGGAGAGCCUUAACUCGCCAGGGCUGCUGCUUACUUAAGUUGCACGAGUGUUGAAGAAGGCUGUGCCCGCCCGGUCCAUCUUUGUGGCGGCUUUGAAAGAACAAUCCCUCCACAGCAAUAUUUCCGAUCUUUUCUUAUAUAUAUGCAUGUAUAAGAUGUGAUGCAUGAUCUUUAGGAUGUCGGUUGUCAACCCUUUAAAGAAGCUAGCAAAGUGUGUUAUCCUUGAUUUGGAUGGUACACUUGUAAAUACAGACGGCAUUGUGAGUGAGGUUUUGAGAGUGUUUCUGGUCAAGUAUGGAAAGCAAUGGGAUGGGAGGGAAGCUAAGAAAAUAGUUGGAAAAACACCGCUUGAAUCUGCAGUUGCUAUUGUUGAAGAUUAUGAGCUUCCUUGCUCAGCAACUGAAUUAAUAUCUGAUAUCACACCUAUGUUCUCCAAUCACUGGUGCAAUAUUAAAGCUCUUCCAGGUGCGGAUAGGUUGAUUAAACAUCUGAGCAGUCAUGAAGUGCCAAUGGCAUUGGCUUCAAACUCUCCAAGAGAGAGCAUAGAAACCAAAAUUUCCUUCCAUCAUGGUUGGAAGGAAUCCUUUCCUGUUAUCAUUGGUGGUGAUGAAGUGAGUGCAGGGAAGCCUUCCCCCGAAAUGUUUCUUGAAGCAGCUAAAAGACUAAAUGUUGAACCUUCCGGCUGCCUUGCCAUUGAAGAUUCUCUACCAGGUGUCACAGCUGGUAAGGCUGCUGGAAUGGAAGUGGUUGUUGUACCCUCCCUUCCAAAACAAUCCAAUAUUUUUACUGAAGCAGAUGAGGUGAUCAAUUCUUUACUUGAUUUCAGACCGGAAAAGUGGGGCCUCCCUCCAUUCCAAGAUUGGAUAGAAGAUACUUUGCCGUUAGCACCUUGGUGCAUUGGUGGUCCUGUCAUUAAGGGUUUUGGACGUGGCUCGAAAGUGCUUGGAAUCCCUACCGUGCGCUUCCAUAUUUUUUCAGCCAAUUUAUCCACAGAUGGAUAUUCAGCUCUCCUUUCAGAACAUCCUGCAGGGGUGUAUUUUGGUUGGGCUGGAUUAUCAGCUCGUGGUAUGGUUUUCAAAAUGGUCAUGAGUCUUGGUUGGAAUCCAUAUUUCAACAACACUGAAAAGACUAUUGAGCCAUGGUUGCUACAUGACUUUGAUGAAGAUUUUUACGGCGAGGAUUUGCGACUUGUUAUUGUUGGCUACAUUCGUCCUGAGGCAAACUUUUCAACCCUUGACAACUUGAUAGCAAAGAUUCAUGAGGACAGGAGAAUUGCAGAAAGAGCUCUUGAUCUUCCAUUGUACUCAAAAUUCAAGGAUGACCCAUACUUGAGAAGUUCAUAGGCAUGAGCUACAGAUUUAUCAAUUCAGAAUUGAAAAAUGUCUCAUCACCCAAACAAAAAUAAUGUAGUCAUUCUAGUAUCUUGUACCAUAUUGGUUGUUAAAAGUGAAAUUAUUUAUUCAAGAAUGAUGUGCAUUUUUUUUAAUCAUAAGCAAUGUAAUUUAUCCCUUGGAAAAUAACUUGUAGCGUUAUGUAAUUUAUUUUCAGAAAAUUUACACUGGGUUGCUUA